AUGACCUUCCGGACCGAGUCCCGCGCCAGCGUCGCCGCCUCCGACACGACGUACUACACCUGCGCCUACCAAAGCUUCCACGACGUAGAGCUCUACGCCCCGAGCUCCCCGCCCUCAAAGACCCCCGUCCCCGCCCCGACCUCGGCCCCGAUCCGAGCCCCGGCGCCGGCUCCAUCUCACUACCACCACUUCCCGUCACCGCACCCGCAGCACCACAAGGACAAGGAGCCCGAACCCGCCGAGAUGCGCCGUCAAGACUCAGGCUACGAGUCCCUGCCUCCGCGGUCCUCCUUCUCUAAUCCACGCCGCACAUCAACGGCCUCCUCCUCGCAGUCCUCCUCCAGCCCAGGCACCAACACGGCCGCCGUCCCCCGCUCUCGCGGCCGCCCGACGGUCCGCCGCGCAGCAAAGACGAGCCCGUACCCGGCGACAACGGCACGCACCAGCGGAAGCAGCCUCUACCACCCACAACAACGCCCACACGCCCAACCGCAAGCGACCUUCUUCCACUUCCCAGCGCACCCAACAGACGUCGAACUCGCCGCCCGUCGGCCCUCGCGCCGCGGUGACGACCUCGAGCUCGAUCAGCGCCAGCUCCUCCUCUCCUCGCCGGGUAGUCACUCCCAUCCCCACCAGCAGCGGGACAGCCAAGAGUGUACCGAGCUGGCGCCCCCGCUGCCGCCGCAGGCGACGCACUACUGGACCAGCGACCGCACGCGGAGACUCGAGUACGCCGCUAUUGACGCGGCGAGGACGGGUGUCAAGGGGUGGAUGAAGAGGCACCUCGUGCCGGACUGCUUUGUGCCCAAAGAGAAGCACGUCGCGUUCGACGACGACACGGGGAGUGUCCGGCGAUACAGGCUUGAGCUUGAUGAGGACAUGCCGUGCGAGAAGGGGUGUGGUGGGCGGAAGAGGGGUUGGUUUGGAUGGACUCGCUCCAAGACGGCUUGA